GACGGCAUAACCCGUGAAUGCCCUAUAGGUCAAGCUUAACUUUAACACGCCUAAAGUUACGCACAUUCAGCACUGAUCCAACACGUAGUGGAUAUACGAUGGAAGGCGACGAGGAAGAAGGGACGUUUAAGGGAUCCGCCAGUAGGCCUCUGAUAUACGCUAUCCUCGCCGGGUCGAUGCUGAUAGCUCUCGGUCUAGCAUUUGGUCUUGGCUACGGUCUAGGUCCACGUCAGAGGGCGGUUGCAUCAGCAGAGAUGACGACAGCGGCUCCGCCAUCGGUACAAGAAGGGAAAUCUAAAACAGGAAGUUUCAGAUUUGCCUCUGUCGCCUCUGAUACUAUGCGCUGCUCCGAAGUUGGAACGAACGUGUUGGCCAGAGGUGGAUCCGCAGUGGACGCAGCUAUAGCCACUGCAGUAUGUUCCUGUGUUUUAAAUGCACAAAGUUGCGGACUAGGAGGAGGAUUCUUUAUGACGGUUUACAACAGAACAUCGGGUAUGUCACACGUUUUGGAUGCUCGAGAAAGGGCGCCCUUGGCCGCCAACAGCACCAUGUACGUUGAACGAGAGAAGGGUGCAUCCCUCAACGGUGGCCUUGCUAUUGCUGUGCCGGGGGAACUAAUGGGGUAUUGGGAGGCCCACCAGAGAUUUGGUAAACUACCGUGGAAAUAUCUCUUUGAGCCAACAAUCAAGAUGUGCAGAGAAGGAGUGAAGUUAACCAAGGCAACGGCUUAUGGAAUAUCCAGAUCCGUCGACCUACUUCGAAACGGUUCAUUCACAAUGUACUUCAACCAUACGACUGGUGCCAUGGUGAAGGCUGGAGACACGGUCAAGUAUCCAAAACUCGCAGACACCCUGGAGACUGUCGCUACUGAAGGGGCCUCGGCCUUCUAUAACGGCAGCCUGACUGAUGCCAUAGUGACUGAGAUAAAGGAAAAUGGUGGCAUCGUAUCAAAAGAAGACCUGAUUGGGUAUACGGCCUCAUGGCGAACACCAGUUACCUUCACCCUGAGAGAUGGCAACACAGUGCACUCAAUGCCCGCAACAGGAAGUGGAGCUGUGUAUGCAUACAUCCUCAAUGUCCUAGACGGGUACAACUUCACGAGUGAAAGUGUCUCGAAUGAUGACAACAGCAUACUGACAUACCACAGAAUAGUGGAGGCUUUCAAGUUCGCAUAUGCCAAAAGAUCAGAACUUGGUGAUGAAGAUUUUGAAGACGUGGCAGAUUUGAUGAAAAACAUGACAUCUCGGGAAUUUGGAGAUUCUACCCGGGCCAAGAUUGAUGACGCAGCAACUCACGACGCCAAGUACUAUGGUGCUACCUUCUCCAGUGCGCUAGACCAAGGAACCACGCACCUCUCUGUUGUAGAUGCGGAGGGAAACGCCGUUGCGAUAACAUCAACCAUAAAUUACUUUUUUGGAUCGAAAGUUCUUGGUAAGACAACAGGAAUAAUUUAUAACAAUGAAAUGGACGACUUCUCGACACCCGGUACUGUCAACGUGUACGGUGUGCCAGCAUCACCCGCCAAUUAUAUCAAACCCAGAAAGCGCCCUCUGUCGUCAAUGUGUCCUACUGUUGUGGUAGAUAACUCCGGUGACGUCAUCUUGGUUUUGGGAGGAGCUGGUGGCCCAAAGAUUACAACAGCUGCAGCAUUGGUAACACUACAUACCCUCAAGUUUGGGCAGGGUGCCGGAGAAGCCCUGGACCACAAACGUCUUCAUCACCAGCUUUUGCCGUCCACAUUAUCAGUUGAAGAUGGCUUUCCAAAGGCAGUGCUGAAUGGUCUCAUUGCUAAAGGCCACAACGUCACAGGCUACGGACUCACAUCAGUUGUCAAUAUAGUCAGGGUCAAGGACAACAUGAGGCACAGUGCUUGUGAUCUACGAAAGGGUGGCCAGCCAGACGGAUAUUAGUGAAUGAAACCACAUUAAUUGGGAAUCGGUUAUGUGAUGAAAUAAUCAAUGCCAUCUUACUGAGUAUAACGUGUUCAAUUUGACAUGCCCAUUACAUAAACGUUUCUCUUUGCCUUUGUGACCUUGAAUGUAUGUAAUGGUUUUGUAAGUAUA